UACAGUUGGGUGUGCUCUGACCAUGAGUGGAUAUUUAGCAGCAAUAAUAUUGGUUGUUUUAUUGCCCUCGUGUGUAAUAUCUCAAAGAUGUCCUUAUGGUUGGUUAAACAGAGAGGGGAGUAACUCUUGUUAUCUUGUUACUCACGAUGGUGUGGCAUAUACCUGGUCACUGGCUAAAGAAAGAUGUCAUUCAUUACAAGGACACUUAGUAAUCAUAGAAACAGUUGAAGAGAAGGAAUGGCUGAUCACGACACUUGGACGAAUACACAAGUUAUAUCCUGAUAUUAAGGAAUGGUGGAUAGGAAUAAGUGAUCUACAAGAUGGUCGUGGUCUGGUAUGGGAGGAUGGUUCAACACCAAACUCUGUUGUAAUCCAAUGGCCAACAGUUACACCAACAAUGAAUAAUUUAACGGCAUGUGGGUGGAUUUUGGACCUGUCUUUUGAUAUUGUUAAAUGUACCUACUGGAGACAUUUCAUUUGUGAAAGAUCCAAAGAUGUUCCGUUAAGUUGUGAAAUAGAUGAUGGUUGGACUGGACUCAAUAAUAAAUGUUAUAAAAUGUUUAAUGGUAAACGCACUUUCACAGAUGCAAAUAACCAAUGUAACCUUAAUGAUGGAGAAUUAGCCAGUGCACCUGAUGACAAUACACAAUCCUUUCUCUGGGGUCUGGCUAAAAACAGUGGUGGUAAUACAUGGUUUGGACUAUCUACAACUUCACAGAGAAAGCCAGUUAAAUGGAUGUGGACGAAGGGGACAGCUCUAGAAAAUGACCAUGUGUACUGGAAAGAUGACACAAAAAGUCAAGCUCUCAUACCGAACGCAAACCAGACAUGUGUUCAAUUAGAAGUGGUUGAUCCAAAGAUAAAACGAAGACUGUCCUGGUCAACCAAUAACUGUGCCGAUGAAAAGGGAUUUGUUUGUGAGAAACCGCAAGGUGUUUGUGAAGAUGGUUGGUUGAUACAUCAGAAGAAUUGUUAUCAGUUGAAUAGUCUUAUUACUUCAUCAUGGAAUGCAGCUAAUAUAUAUUGUAAAGCUCAAGGUGGUAAUUUACUCAAGAUAGAAUCGGUAUCUGAUCAGCUGUUUAUAGUGGCCAAUGUUCUAGAUGAUUUUCCACGAGGAUCAGCUGGUAUAUGGUUAGGUGUAAUAGAUAUCAACAAAAAUGGAGUGUUUACAUGGGGUGAUGGUAAACCUUUAGGAAAAUUCAGUAAUUGGCUUGCAAAACCUAUAAAAGCAAAUGCAUCAACUAACGCUUGUACCUUUAUUGAUACGGGUGAUGUAAAUGGUAAAUGGCAGAUUACCAGUGACUGCACACAGGUGAAACCAUUUGUUUGCCAAAUACCUGUUAAUCAACCUGUCAAAAAAGCUACAUUGCCACCAGAACCACUUUCUUGUGAAGGCGGUUGGAUUCUGUACUCGAGUUAUUGUUAUCAGUUCAAUGAUACAGAUUCUUCAUGGUUAGAUUCGCGGAAAUCUUGCAGCGAUUCUGGUGGUGAUUUAGCUCGUAUAAUGGAUAGCUCAACACAAUCAUUUAUGUUAGAUCAAGUAGAAAAACAAAGGGGUAAUUAUUGGAUUGGGCUGAAUGAUAGAAUAUCAGAAGGAAACUUUACAUGGCUAGAUGAUAAUACCCAGCUAAACUACACCUUUUGGGGAACAGGGCAGCCAAAUAAUGUGAAUAAUUCAGAAAAUUGUGUUUACUUACAAGGCGCACGAUUUACUGGACGAUGGUUAGAUUUUGACUGUUCCAAAAAAUUAAACUUUAUAUGCCAAAAACCAGCAAGGCAAUCUAAAAUCUCAACACCAGCUCCAACUAUGGCUUCUAUAUUCAACCCUAAAUGUGGAUUGUUUUGGGAGGAUAAUCCACAUUCUCCUUAUUGCUAUCAGUUCCGUAAAGAACUUUUAUCUUGGGCCGAUGCUGCGGAUUCAUGUAGACAUGAAGGUGGUACAUUAGCUAGUAUUACAUCUAUACAAGAACAAUAUUAUAUAACUGGUCGGAUGAAAGGCACUACUAGUAUUAUAUCUAUGUGGAUUGGUUUAAGUGAUCGUAGCCAAAAAGGUGGAUGGAACUGGGAAGAUGACUCACCGUUAGCUUAUCUCAACUGGGAUGCUGGCGAACCUAAUAAUUAUGGUGGUGAAGAAGAUUGUGGAGCCAUGCUAAUUUUUACAUCCAGAUGGAAUGAUUACAAUUGUAACAAAAGAAAUGGAUAUAUAUGUAAAAAAAUGGGAAGGACGAUGGUGGCUACAACUACACCAAAACCAACACCAACACCGUCUGUUCCAGCUGGAAAAUAUUAUGGUUGUCAUCCUGGGUGGAAGAGUUACACUAGUAAUUGUUAUUUAGUGGUUAGAACCUCCAACACCUGGCUACAAGCUAGAGAUUAUUGUAGACAAAAUGGUGGAGAUUUAGCUAGUAUCGGUAGUAGAGAGGAGAAUAAUUUUAUAUUUAGUGAAACGCCAGAAGUUGUUUGUGAAAAUAUCCAUACCAAUGAUACCCAGUGCACUCAAUGGACGGACGAUGGAGAAUGUUCCAAGAAUCCAUUAUGGAUGGGCAAAAACUGCAGAUCAGCCUGUGGGCUAUGUUAUAGAAAAUGUGAGAACAAAAAUAAGAUUGGAAGGCAGUGUGAAAAUUGGGCUCACAGAGGAGAAUGUACCAUUAAUCCAUUGUAUAUGUUAAAACAAUGUAUGCAGUCCUGUAGCAUGUGUGAUGGAGGUGAAUACGAUGCCGUUUGGAUAGGUCUCAAUGAUCGGGAUGUUCAUAUGACGUUUUCAUGGAGUGAUGGAUCUCCUGUUACAUACACGACCUGGGAUGUUCGAGAACCAAAUAACUAUGCCGGCAAGAAUAAAGUCUGUGUCAAAAUGUUCACACAAAAAGCAGUAAGUGCUGGGAAGUGGAGUGAUGAUAGCUGUGAUGUCACCUUAAAUGGUUUUGUUUGUAAAACGAAGAAAUCUAUCCAGGACACUGCUACUUCCAAUCCACUUUCUAUUGGCUGCCCUAAGAAUUCUGUAGGCUAUAAUUCACGUUGCUACAGCUUCGUCCAAACCAAAUUAGAUUUUGAUGCUGCUGAAGCUAACUGUGUUAAAUUAAAUGGUCACUUAGCCACAGUUAACGACAGAUUUAUUCAAGCCUUCCUGUCAGCGGAAUUAAUCAACAGAGAUGGUGUAUAUUGGAUAGGUUUAUCGGAUAGAUCUAAUCCAGGAACCUAUCAAUGGACUAGUCAGGACAGCCUACUAUAUACGUCAUGGGAAAGUGCACACACCGGAAAUGAAAACACUACAUGUGUAGCCAUGAAUACAAGUAGACCAGUUGGGUUGUGGGCUAAUGUCAACUGCAGCGAUAUGAAUCCAUCUAUUUGCCAGAUGUUAAGGGAAGGUUACACGACACCACCGAUUACAACACUACCAACCACCACAGAACAUGUAGCGUGUCCGACUGGCUGGGUAGAAUACAUGGACAGUUGCUACAAGGCAUACACAAAUAAACGUACUUGGAUUGAUGCCCAACAGGCUUGUCUUAACAUGGGAGCAGAUCUUGCCAGUAUCCAUAACGCUUCAGCACAGGCUGUUAUCAAAGCUAGUUUAAAUAGAUAUCUAUAUCGUGCUACCUAUUGGAUUGGUUUAAAUGACCGAGGUACAGAGGGCAGAUUGGUAUGGUCAGAUGGAACACCUCUUGAUUUCACAAGUUGGGGUUCGGCAGAACCUAAUGAUCAAAAUGGCCGGGAGGAUUGUGUAGAGUACUCACAAAUGACAUCUAAAUGGAAUGAUAAUAGUUGUUUUAUUAAAAAUAACUACAUCUGUAUGAUCAGUAGAGGUAUGAAUAUCAGUCUAACACCAUCUCUACCAGUGACAACUCCAACUCCUAUAGCAUGUGCUGAUAGUGGCUGGACAUAUUUCAAUGGUUCCUGUUAUUAUGCCAGUAGACCUUAUGGGGUGAAUUCAAAAAAAUCCUGGUACGAUUCUAGAAGAUAUUGUCAACAACAUGGUGGUGAUCUUAUGAGUAUCCACUCUCCUGAUGAAGAUGAUUAUAUAUUGUCAAUAAUAAAAACCCGGUCAUCAUCUGGUAUAUAUUGGAUUGGAUUAAAUGAUUUAGAAGGUGGAUAUAAAUGGACCGAUGGGACUGUUGUUUCUUACAAAUCCUGGACAAAGGGCGAACCUAAUGAUGCGUUUGGGGGUCAAAGAUGUGUUAAUUUUUAUAGUUUAACGGGUGAUUGGAAUGAUGAUAAUUGUAUGGAUAAAUUUGGUUUUAUAUGUAAAAAGUUGAAUCAAUCAUCUACUCCACCACCAACAACACCAACACCAUUAAUACUAGGUGGUUGUCCUGAUGACUUUAAAGCAGCUGAUAAUUCUAACAAAUGUUUUCAUGUUGGAGGCUUACACGACCGUGCCACUGAUUGGGAACGUGCUAGGAAUGCAUGUAGGUCCAUAGGACCAGGCGUAGAAAUAGCUAGUAUCAGUAAUUACUUUGAACAAGCAUUUGCUCUGACAUUAUUGAGAAAUACAGUUAAAACUGGAGUAUGGAUUGGUUUAUUUGAUAUACACGUUAACGGUCAAUAUACGUGGUCAGAUAAUAGUGAGGUUAGAUACACCAACUGGGCUAAAGGUGAACCAAGUGACCAUUGGUCAUAUAGUCGUUUAAGACGGGAGGAUUGUGUUGAAAUAAUGCUUGAUGAUGGAAGAGUUGGACAGUGGAACGACCAGAAGUGUGGAGAUGCCAGGCCUUUUCUGUGUCAGGCUAGUCGAGAUUUAAAACUACCCACGGCAUCACCGCCAACGUCUACACUGUGUAAACCUGGUUUUGAGCCGUAUGGAUCUAGAUGUUAUAAACUAGUCAGUCAGUCCAGAACUUGGAGCGCUGCUCAGUCAUCAUGUCAAACAGAGGGUGCUAAUCUGGUGUCUGUAUUUGAUGAAUACGAACAAGCUUUUAUAGAUCUACUAACUCAAAAUCUCCAGUCCCCAUUUUGGACUGGAUUAUCAGAUAGCCAGACAAAGGGUGUAUAUACUUGGAGUGAUGGGUGGCCUAGAAUAUAUUCUAAAUGGGGAGGAGAUGAACCUUCACGUGGUGAUGGAGAAGGGUGUGUAGCUAUUAUGAACAGGAAAUGGAAUGAUACGAUGUGUAACGCUUCGUAUCCUUAUAUUUGUAUGAUUAACACAGAACUACCUCCACCAACAACACCGAUGCCCAGUGGACGAUGUCGUGAUCCCAACUGGACAAUGUUCGGCGAUUAUUGUUAUUACAGUGUCGUGCAGACCAAGUCUUGGCCUGAAGCACGAUAUGUUUGUCAGAGACAGGGAAUGGAAUUAGUCAGUCUACAGAGUAAAAAGGAGAUGAUAUUUGUUAAAGAUCUUAUUACCAGUACCCUCGUUACCACUCGGCGUUAUUUCUACAGCAGCGCACUCAAUUCUGUCAGUAGAAUUUGGUUAGGUUUAUAUAAGGUUGAAAAGGCUGGUUUUCAAUGGACCGAUAACAAACCAACAUUAUAUCUGAAUUGGGCAACAGGAGAACCAUCUGAUACUGAUGCUAAAUUACAUGAAGACUGUGUAGAGAUGUACACAGAUUCUGGUUUAUGGAAUGAUCUCGAUUGUUUUACUAACAGAGCUUUUGUGUGUAAAACUAGGAAAAUAUUUGUUUCUACCACACUGGUACCAACUACUGCGGCUAAUACAAAAUCUGAAAAACAACAACCAAUAUUAACUACCCAGGCUAGUUUCAAUCAAAGAUCAACUGUUGCUGCUGCAUCUGGUGGAAUAACUCCUAGUGGCCAAACGAACAAGCCAAAAACUAGAGAUCUGACAUUCCCCUUUGUAGUAAGACCAUCACCUUCACGCCUGUCCAAAACCCAAGAUUCUCCAUCAAGCCUGACAGGUGGACAAAUAGCUGGAAUUGUUAUAGGUACUAUAGGGUUAGUCAUCAUAGUAGCUGUUCUUCUUAUAGUUGUGAAAAGACGCAAAGCAAAGUUACCUUUAGGAUUUGGAUCGGUUGGUUUUGAUAAUGCUCUUUAUAAUAAGGCUAACGCUCAAGAUACCGCUCCUACCGAUUCCGUUGAUUUUAGUGACUUUAAUACUUCGGAUGUGAUAAGAAUAGGUCAAGUGCAAGCUUAGCGAUAUGAAGAUGUAGAAAUUUUUAAAUGGAAAAUAUUAUCAGAAUUAAAAUGACAUAAUGUGGUGAAAUUUAUAUCCUCAACGAUAAAAGAAAACAAUGACGUCCUUGUCUUUAAGCAUUUAGCUAUGAUUUUAUUUAUGAUCAGUGUUUAUAUCAUACUAUCCUAUCUCAUUUAUGGCUUUGCUUUUUUGCUUUCUAAUUAAUAUUAGUUUUCAUAACUGUAUGAUAUUACGCGUGUAAUAGUGAUCACUCCCCUUCAUCCAGGAACAGGAACACAUCAGUAACAACCAAACCACGUGAGCAUUUCUUAAUUUUGGACGAGGUGCAUCACCUUAUGUGAAUCAAUUACCCAAUGAAUCCUAUUGAUAUUUAUUUCACAGUGAUCAUAUAUCAAUUCCAUAAGUUUUGUGGAUAAUGUGAUGCGCUCUGUACAGUUGCUAUAAUUGGUUAGACCGUCUGUAAAACAAGAAAUUAAUUCGAGCAAGAAAUGAUGUCUGUCGCCAGUCGCAUUGAUUUCACGGCACAUUUCUUUUCUGUGACAAAUAUCCUGCAUAUCAGCCGUAUCUAUAAUUUCCUAUAAGAAAUUUAGACACAGCAUGACAUGAGUUGUCAUUUUAUAAAAGGGCAGAGUAUUGCAAGUCUCAUUACUUAAUCAGUAUUGUUAUCUCAUUACAUUUCAUUUUUAUACGCCCACAUUUUCAUGUGGACGUAUAUUGUCGUCGCCCUUGUCCGUCCGUCCACAAGUCACAAUUUUUCUUCGAUUUUGACGAAACGUAAAAUAUAGGUCUAUCUCCCAAAGAUCUCGGUUCCGUUCGAUAUUGGCAUAAAUCGGACCAUAAAUUCAUGGAUUGUGGCCCCUUAUUGUACGAAAAAUCACGCUUUUAGCUUGUAGACACUCUGCAGAUCACAAUUUUCAUCUGAUUUUGAUGAAACUUGAAAUGCAUGUUUAUAACCAAUAGAUCUUGGUUCCUGUCGAUAUUCGCGCAUAUCGGAUCGUAACUUCCUGAAUUAUGGACCUUGAUUUCACGAAUUUCGUGAAAUUGGGACCAAAACUGCCGGACAAAUUGCAGCCCCUUGUGCGCAAGUAGUGUAAAUAUAUGGUAUAUCAAGGUUGUAGACCCUCACAAUUUUGAUCCGAUUUUGAUGAAACUUUAUAACCCAAAGAUCUUGAUUCCUGUCGAUAUUCGCGCAUAUCGGAUCGUAACUUCCUGAAUAAUGGCCCUUGAUUGUACGAAAAAUCUCUUGCAAAAUGUGGGCGUAUCUGCCUGUCAGCCGCUGGUUUAUUAAUUUUGUGACGCAUUACUUUCUUGAAAGACCAAUCCCGCAUCCACUGCAGAACUCAUUCGGGGGAGAGGGGUUGGGAUCUUUUUACUUCGAAUGUAGUAAAACGACAUGGUUACUGUAUACUGUUUCAAAUAAUGAUUUCAUAUUCAACUGGCUGACAUACACCUGAAGUAUUAGAUAUUUAUAUACUUUGGUUAUAGAAUAAAUGUUAUUACAUGUAUACUAGUUUUCAAUAAAUGGACAUUAUUUUAUGU